GAGGCGGUGUGCUCUGGUUUCAACCGCCAGUUUGACAAAAGAAGAAGAGUUCGCCCAGCUGUUGAAAGCUGCUUGGGAGAAGAGAACAUGACUCUCCCUGAAAUCUCAGGGGCCAAACAUGGCCUGGAUGAGGAAUUGGAUACUCAGGACAUCCCAGACCUCCCCAGUGGUCCUUUAGAUGAGUACAGAAAACAGGCCUCCUUCAACUGGAAGGAAAUGAUGAGGUUCAUGGAGGGUGAGGAAAUAAUUGCUUUUAAGCAGCUUAUUUUUCGGACACUGGAGAACGACCCAUUGUUUGCAAGGCAGCCGGGUGAGGAUGUUCUGGUGGAGAAGAAGAGGGAGCUCACCUUCCGUCGCUGCAAGCAACUAUUUAAGUACAACUUUCUGACACGGGCUGAAAUGAUGCAGAGUCCAUGGAAGGUGACUGUCCUCAAUGACUGUUUGGGCAUGUAUGACUGGUCAGUGGGGGCCAAAUUCUUCCUCAACAAGGCGAUGUUUGGUGGUACAGUGGCUAACUCUGGAUCUCAGAGGCACCUCAAAUUUGUGCAGGACAUUGAGGACAUGAAGACUUUCGGAUGCUUUGCACUGACUGAACUAAGCCAUGGUAGCAACACAAGGGCCAUGAGGACAACAGCCAAGUAUGACCCCAAAACCCAGGAGUUUGUGAUUAACUCUCCAGACUUUGAAGCAGCAAAGUUCUGGGUGGGGAACCUGGGAAAAACUGCUACGCAUGCUGUUGUAUAUGCUCAGCUUUACACGCCUGAUGGAGUCUGCCAUGGUCUACAUUCUUUUGUGGUUCAGGUUAGGGAUCCCAAGACAUUGCUGGCAAUGCCAGGAGUGAUGGUUGGAGACAUGGGAAAGAAACUGGGCCAAAAUGGGCUGGACAAUGGUUUUGCAGUUUUUCACAAUGUCAGGAUCCCUCGGGAAAAUCUGCUCAAUAAAACAGGAGAUGUUACGCCUGAUGGACUAUACGUAACUCCUUUUAAGGACCCUAAUAAGCGUUUUGGGGCCUCUCUGGGUGCGUUGUCUGGGGGUAGAGUGUCCAUAACGAGAAUGGCUGUGGUGAAUUUGAAGUUAGCCUUGAUAGUAGCUGUGCGUUUUUCAGCCACGCGACGUCAGUUUGGGCCCAAAGAGGAUGUGGAGAUACCAAUACUGGAUUACCAGCUCCAGCAAUGGCGCCUUAUUCCAUACUUAGCAGCCAUUUAUGCACUGGACUUCUUCUCCAAAUCCUUCUACAAGAACUUUGUGGAGUUUCAGAUUGGCCUCUUCAUGAAGGAUAACAGUGACAGACAGGCUGAACUUGGUAGAGAGAUCCAUGCUAUCUCGUGCUCCAGCAAGCCUCUGGGUUCGUGGACAGCCCAACGGGGGAUUCAGGAGUGCCGUGAGGCCUGUGGGGGACAUGGAUUUCUGUCCAUGAACCGACUUGGAGACAUCCGUGAUGACAGUGACCCAAACUGCACAUACGAGGGAGAUAACAAUGUCCUGCUUCAACAGACCAGCAACUAUCUACUCAGUUUGCUGCAGCAUAAACAGCAGGCUAAAGGGAGGAUAGAGUCUCCUCUAGAGACAGUGAACUUCCUGGAUGACUGGAAGAGGAUUCUGGAGAGCAGGUUCACGGCUGGCUCAGUGGAGGAGUGCAUGAACUCAGCAGUGCCUCUGGCAGCAUAUAAGUGGCUGGUGUGUUUCCUGCUUGGAGAAAGUCAGAGGAAGUUGACCCAGCAGAAGGCUCUAGGGCUGGGAGAUUUUGAGGCUCGCAGUAACAGCCAGGUAUAUUACUGUCGCUCAUUGGCGAUAGCCUACAUUGAGCAUACAGUUCUGCAGCGCUUCCAUGAUCUGACGGAGGAUGUGGAAACUCCAGCAGGUCUCAGAUCAGUUUUGAGGAGACUCUGUGCUCUGUACGGCCUCUGGACCCUCACCAAUCACAUGGCCAUCCUCUACCAGGGAGGUUACUUAUCUGGUAAGGAGCCAGCAGACUUUAUCCAGAAUGCUGUUCUCGCUCUCUGCGGCCAGCUGAAGGACGAUGCUGUGGCUUUGGUUGACGUGAUUGCACCUCCUGACUUUAUUCUAAACUCACCCAUUGGCAAAGCUGAUGGUGAGCUCUAUAAGAACUUGUGGGCCACAGUCUUGCAGGGCAAGAACGUUCUGGAACGUCCAUCCUGGUGGGCUGAGUUCUGCUCUGACAAACCUAAAGUGGGAUCUCUCAGAGCCAAGCUGUAAUGUACUGGGAAUGCUGACAUUGCCCUUUGGCCACAAGACAUGUCUUCCUGAAAGAUGUGCCUUGGUGCAGAAUCAAAAUGCAGACCAGUUAAAAAAGGGAAAAUUCUCUUCAAUCUUUUAUAGUGUCAUUGGCAUUUAUUACAGAUGAUAUUGGAAAUUCUAAGCUAUAGUAAGAAAGCCCAAGCCUGCAUUGCAUCAGUUCACUAGCAGAUUAAUGAAGUGCUACAGGGAAUUCUUUCGAUUCUUUCAUUGUUGGUGUACCUUCAAGAAAAAUUUAAAUAAAAAAAAAUUUAAUAUAAUUAAAUGUUUAAAUAUAAGCAAUCAAGUGGCUUGACAUUAAAUGCAUCAUUGUAGAGCAACUUACAGAGUCAGAAUUGUGCACUGCGGUGGUGAUAGGACACAGACAUCUGAUGAAUUUAAUGCCUCUUAAAGCUACCUCUUUGAAUAGACAUGGUGUUCAGACAGUCUUGAGCAAAUGUUUUGGCCUACAAUAUAUUUUUGAAAUCCAUGGUGCAGAGGAACAUGCAGGGUGUUGUAAGCCUGUAAGAAAACUUUUAAAAUUUGUACCCAUAUUGACCAUGAUUAAUGUGACAUAUAAAAAAUUUUAAUUGAAAAAUUGUUAAAUGACUUAUUAUAAAACCCACUGUAGGUUGUGUUUUCUCCUAUGAUUAAUUAUAUUAAUUUAAAUGUAUUAUGAUCUACUAAGAUCAUUAUUGUAAUGUUGUGUUUAUUUUAUUUUGAUUUUUGCGCAGUAUUGACACUGUUAGAAACCAAUAUUACAUCAGCAAAUUGUAAUAAAAAUAUGCACUUUUUCAAAUAAAUAAAAACUAAUUAAAAUAAGCAUA